AUGUCCGAGAAGAAUGGUGUCACAAAAGAUACUUCGUUACCUCUUGGUUUAAUUCGAGAUCAAACAUCGUCUUCUCUCAUCUCCUCCGUAUUAAACAUCGUCAAUGGCCACAUUGUCAGCAAGGAGAAUUGGCUCAAAUUCGUCGAAUGCCUUUAUGUAGCCAAGGACAACGAGGAGCCUAGCGGAAAGCGGAGACGCGUAGACAAUGGCAGUGUAGCCGCCGCCGACUCCUCGGAGUUUCUGAGGAGAAGGUACAUUAAUCUUAUGGACGCUAACGAAGAACGCUAUAUUAAAGGGAGACCCUAUGUUGCUGUUUCUUACACCUGGCAAGUCUCGAAAGAAGAAGAGGCAGAAGAGGAGGCAAGAAAAGAAGCGGCAAGGCGUUACCUUGUCGCACCUCACAAGAUCGGCCAGCCUACCCUAGCUAAGGUGAGGCCUGCGGUCCUGGAUCGAGUACUAAACUAUGCCGAGCAUAUGGGAUGUAAGGACAUCUGGAUCGACAAGGAGUGUAUCGAUCAGGAUAACGAGGCGGAGAAGGAGGCAGCAAUACAAAGCAUGCACCUGGUGUAUAAGUUAAGCAAGUGGCCAAUUGCCCUCCUCACGCGUAGGAUCAAGACUACAGAAGAGCUCGAUCUUCUUACCAAUCUAAUGUGUAACGAAGUUGCCCCCGAAGAUGAACUAGCCGUAUUAGAUCUUCUAGAUGGCAUUACAUCUGACCUAUGGUGGACGAGAGCCUGGACUUUUCAGGAAGACUAUAGAGCUUCUACCCGAAUGAUGUUGCUUCUCCCACACCACUGGAGCUUAGAAAGGCGUAAACGAGCUAUGGUAGACGAGUCUGAUCGGUACAUUCUUGGAAACGUCGAAGGCGAGAUUUGUAUAAAAUCUGUAGACUUCAGGGAGCGGGCUACGGAGUUCUGCCUCUCGUAUCGGGAGAGAUCAGACAAUGUGGAUAUCUGUAACAGGGUCAUUAAGAGGGCCACAAAGUAUAAUGUCCUCCUUAACGACAAGUCUUCGACGUACUCAGCAUCGCGUUCUAUGUCUCCAACGAUCCUUUCAGACAUAAUUUCGCGCAGCAUUAAGAAAGAAUCCGACCGCCUUGCUAUCAUGGCUAACUGUUGCGACCUCAGCUUAUCGAUCCUUGCCCAAUAUCUCCUAAAUGGCGAAAUCAUAGAGAACGACCCAAAACGACCCAUCCUGGGUACACUCAAACACAACAUCCACGAGUACCUGUCUAAGCAAUCACUAAGUAACUUUCGGCCUCCCGUCCAGCAAGGCCUUAAUUUCAUCAAAGGCUGUCGUUUUACGAAUCCGCGACUGACUCCGGAGGGAACAUGGACCAGAGGCCACCUUUGGAAACUAGGCAAAGUCAUACGUCGGAAACCAAUGAAGUAUGAGAAGUACAGUACGCUGAAACCGCUUGCACAAUUUGCUACUGAGUUGCAAUAUAGAAUAUACGGCGCUUCUUACGCGGAUAUCGCAGCCGAUCUAAUUAGACGCGCAUACGCCCGCGGCUGCUCUCCAUACCGCGGGGGGUGGUGGCUUGACAGUAUGGCCGGCGAAGUCGAGGAAGCCCUGAUGCAAGGAAAGGCCCUUCGACUAGCCUGUCUCGUAGACCCUAGGAAUGGAAUAGAAUACGGUCCCUAUAGUGCUGUCUUCGUAGGCGACAGCCGCGAUGAUUGGAAGGACGAGGACGAGGACGACGUCAGCUAUGCCUUUACUUCAUACCAAUUCCAUAAUGAAGACAAGCCAGGGUAUACUGAAAAACACGUAUCGCUGGAGGUCGACAUCGAGUGGCAGAAGCGCGACAGAUCCGAGGGACGUUCGCCCUGCACGCCACCGAAGCUAUACAUCAAGCGGUGGCUCAAUGGCCUCUGUUUCUUCGAGGGGGCCCAUAUAGGACAAGUCUUGUUUCCCUGGCAUCCUUCACUGCUAGAAGAGGCGUAG